AUGUCCAUCCCCCAGACGUACAGAGCAUUCCGGCGCUCUGCCGAUGGAUCGUCCCUUGAACUCGUGCAGGAGGAAUUACCAUCACUCCUUCAUCCCGAGCAGGUAUUGAUUCGGAUCCAUGCCGUGUCCCUCAACUACCGAGAUAUUGCGAUGAUGACCGGAAAUUAUGCUGCAGUGAAAGACAAAGGUAUUCCAGCCUCUGAUUGCGCUGCAGAAGUCAUCGCCAUGGGAUCGAAUGUGUUAACGUUCAACGUGGGCGAUCGUGUUGCGCCGAUCUUCGAUUUGAGCAAUGUUACCGGCACAGAGGAGGAAGCAGCCAUGAGACUAGGUGGCGAUGUCGAUGGGGUCUUACGAGAGUUUGCGGUCUUUGAUCAGAGAGAGCUAGUACGCCUGCCUGAUCAUCUGUCUUGGGAAGAGGCUGCUUGCAUAACAUGUGCCGGAACCACUGCAUGGACGGCUUUGAAUAUGCCACGGACGAAUGGUACAGCUUUGCUUCAAGGGACCGGCGGAGUAAGCAUGUUUGCCAUUCUAAUUUGUUUAGCUGCCGGUAUCCACCCAAUUAUCAUGUCUUCCUCCGACGACAAACUCAGUAUAGUGUGUUCCCUGGGUAAGGCUGGCGCCGUGGAUACGAUUAAUUAUCGCAUCCACCCUCAAUGGGACCAAGAAGUGCUUCGACUCACCAACGGACGCGGCGUCGAUGUCGUUAUCGAGAACGUGGGGCAGACGACUCUAUCUCGAAGCCUGUCAUCGCUCGCUAAACGAGGCACCGUUUCCUUGGUCGGCUUUCUAGGAGGCCAUUCGGUGGAUCAAUAUCCUAAUACCAUGACACCCCUUCUGGCCAAGCAAGCGACAAUGAGAGGACAUAUCGUGGGAUCUAAAAUUGAUCAACAGAAUCUCUGCGAUUUCUUAACAGAGAAGAACAUACGACUUGAUCCUAUUAUAGAUAAAACAUCGUUUAGCUUUGAGGAGUCGCAGGCGGCGUUUGAUUAUCUAUAUGCCGCCAAACAUAUGGGGAAAAUCGUUAUCAAGAUCAGUCAUUGA